GACCUCGCCGCCAGCCUCCCGCUGGGCAGGCGCCCCUGCGAGCCGCCCCGACCCCCUCGCGGGGCGCACUCGGCCCGCGCCCGCGCCCUCGGGAUGAUGAAGAAGAACAAUUCCUCCAAGAGGGGGCCUCAGGAKGGGAACCAUCCGUCUGCACCGCCCGAGAAGGUCGGCUGGGUCCGGAAAUUCUGCGGGAAAGGGAUUUUCAGGGAGAUUUGGAAGAACCGCUACGUGGUGCUGAAAGGGGACCAGCUCUUCAUCUCUGAGAAGGAGGUCAAAGAUGAGAAAAAUAUUCAAGAGGUGUUUGACCUGAGUGACUAUGAGAAGUGUGAAGAGCUCCGGAAAUCCAAGAGCAGGAGCAAGAAAAAUCAUAGCAAGUUUACUCUUGCGCACUCCAAACAACCUGGCAACACAGCACCCAACCUGAUCUUCCUGGCCGUGAGUCCAGAGGAAAAGGAGUCCUGGAUCAACGCCCUCAACUCCGCCAUCACCAGAGCCAAGAACCGCGUCUUGGAUGAGGUCACUGUUGAAGAGGAUAGCUAUCUCGCCCACCCCACUCGRGACAGAGCGAAAAUCCAGCACUCCCGCCGCCCCCCAACUCGGGGACACCUCAUGGCUGUGGCGUCCACCUCUACCUCAGAUGGGAUGCUGACCUUGGACCUGAUCCAAGAGGAAGACCCCUCUCCUGAGGAGCCAGCCUCUUGUGCCGAGAGCUUUCGGGUGGACCUGGACAAGUCUGUGGCCCAGCUGGCGGGGAGUCGGCGGAGAGCAGACUCGGACCGGAUCCAGUCUUCCUCAGACCGGGCCACCAGCCUYGCUCGACCUUGGGAAAAGCCAGACAAGGGGGCCACCUACACCCCCCAGGCACCCAAGAAGUUGACCCCCUCAGAGAAAGGCCGCUGUGCCUCCUUGGAGGAAAUCCUGUCUCAGCGGGACCCUGCCCCAGCCCGCACCCUCCCGCUGCGGGAAUCUCCAGCCCCCAGCCCAGCCCACCCGGGCCAGCUGUCCCGGAUCCAGGACCUGGUGGCCAGGAAGCUCGAGAAGACACAGGAGCUGCUGGCAGAAGUUCAGGGGCUGGGAGACGGCAGACGCAAGGCCAAGGACCCCCCACAGUCUCCACCCGGCUCGGAGUCUGAGCAGCUGCUGCUGGAGACCGAGCGGCUGCUGGGAGAGGCGUCCUCGAACUGGAGCCAGGCCAAGAGGGUGCUGCAGGAAGUCAGCGAGUUGAGGGACCUGUACAGACAGAUGGACCUGCAGAGCCCCGACUCCCACCCCAGACAGACCUCCCAGCACAGUCAGUAUCGGAAGAGCCUGAUGUGAAGGACAGGAACUUGGUGGGGGGCUUAUAGAUUCUUAUCUCCAAGUGUGGCAGGAUGAAAGUUUUUUAUUUACCUCAGUCAAAAAAAAAAAA